CCUCUUUGACCAUCUGCAAGGGCUCCCACUUAAAGAGUAAUCGUCAUGCUCUGUUCUAGUUCCCACCCAAUCUCCCGGAACCGCCAAGGCAAUAACCGCCGCCUAAUAGCGAGCAGAAUGGAGGACUAGAAUAAUAUACCCGCUGUCCGGGUCCUACGACACUCGUAUAUCAUCUCCGCAUCUGACAUUACUUUAGCCAGAGCCAAUGUGCGGCCGGGAUCCUCUUCCACGCAAUGGCUGUCCAGACUUGCAGGGAUGGUACACGUCCGGUUAGAGAAAGCGCAGCAUCCCCCUCAAUAUCGAGAUUGAUGAAUGCGGUACAAAUCUUUGCUGGAGUCACUCCCCAUGGUGGUAACGACAUUGAGCUCGCAGCAUACAAAAGGGGCGACUACCGCCGCCAUCCCCUCUGCCAUGCUGCCAUCAAAACGCCCCUGUGCAUAUAGUUGGAUUCUAGAACCAAAAUAAGAGAUGCUUUACCGUCUAUUAGCAGCACUCGCAGCCUCUGCCGCGCUGGUCGCAGAUGCGGCGCCCUCGGCAUCGGCCUACGAUUACAUCGUGGUGGGCAGCGGCCCCGGCGGCGGGCCUCUGGCGGCGGAGCUCGCGCGGGCGGGAUACUCGACGCUCCUGAUCGAGGCGGGCGGGGACGAGGGCGACAACCCGACGUACGCCGACAUCGCCAACUUCAACGAGGCGGCCAACGACGAGACGACGCGGUGGGACUUCUGGGUCAAGCACUCGGACGACCCGGCGCGCGACCUCAAGUUCGCGCACACGACCUGGGACACGGGCGACGGCACCUUCUACGUGGGCCUCGACCCGCCCGAGGGGGCCAAGCUGCUGGGCAUCCAGUACCCGCGCGCCGCCGUGCUGGGCGGAUGUGCCAUGCACAACGCCGGCGUGUGCUCGCUGCCCGCCGCCGACGACUGGAACAUCAUCGCCAACAAGACGGGCGACGCGAGCUGGUCCGCCGAGAACAUGCGCAAGUACCUCAAGAAGAUCGAGAGGAACGAGUACUUGCCUGCUGGAAACCCCGACCACGGAUACGACGGAUGGCUUGCGACGUCGGUGGCCGACAACUCGUGGGCCAAGAACAACAGCCUCCCGGGGACCAAGAUCCUCAAGCGGCUGGCCGAGCUGACGGGGCAGGACCCCAACGAGGCGGCCAGCCUGGUGAACCGCGACAUCCUCGAGGCGGGCGACCACGUCGACGAGACCACGUCCUUCUACAACAUGGUGACGCACGCCGACAGCAAGGGCAAGCGCAGCAGCCCCAACAACUACAUCCGCGCCACGCUCGCCGACCCGGCCAACUACCCGCUGACCGUCAAGCUGCACACGCUCGUGACGCGCGUGCUCUUCGACAACUCCUCCACCACCGCCCCUGGUACUGGUAGCACUCCGCGCGCCAUCGGCGUGGAAGUGAUGGAGGGCGCAUCGCUGUACCGAGCCGACCCGAAGCACGUGGCCGGCAGCACGGCACCGCCGCGCACGCAGAUCCUCGCCAACCGGGAGGUGAUCGUCUCCGGCGGCACCUUCAACACCCCGCAGAUCCUCAAACUCAGCGGCAUCGGUCCCGCCGCCGAACUCGCCCAGUUCCACAUCCCCGUCAUCGCCGACUUGCCCGGCGUAGGCGAGAACCUCGGCGACAACUACGAAGGAUCCAUCCUCGCACUGGGCGCCGCCCCGGUCGAGUCGGGCCUGAUCACCCUGCUCUUCCGCACGCCCUCGGCCCCGACAGCCAAGCGCAACAUCUGGACCUGGUGCGGCGCCUUCUCGUUCGAGGGUUUCUGGCCGGGCUUCCCGACCUACCACGGCCCGACGCAGUACACGUGCGCGAUGGUGCACAUGGCGCCCAAGUCGCAGGCCGGGUCGGUCAAGCUGGUGUCGGCGGACCCGCAGGACAAGCCCGAGAUCAACUUCCGCUUCUUUGAGAAUAAAGGGGACGAGGACCUGCGCGAGCUGGCCGAGGCCGCCGACAUCCUCCGCCAGGCGUGGCAGGCCGCGGGCGAGCCGGUGCUCCCCUUUGAUGAGCUGCAUCCGUGUCCUGGCGGCAACGAAGAAAAGAAUUGUACGGAGGCGGCGCAGGCCGAGUAUUUCAAGCUGCAGGCGUACUCGCACCACGCGACGUCGACGUGCGCGAUCGGCGGCGACGGGGACGAGAUGGCCGUGCUGGACUCCAAGUUUCGCGUGAGGGGGGUGCGGGGGUUGAGGGUCGUGGAUGCGUCCGCUUUCCCCGUGGUUCCCGGCGCGUUUCCGAGCUGCCCGACCAUGAUGCUGAGCGCGAAGGCGGCGGAGGAUAUCAUUACUGAUGCGAAGAAGGCGGAUGCGAGGAAGGUGUAGAUAGCGGGAGGGGUUGAAAG